CUUUUUCUUAUCAGUUGCAACCUAUUCAUCCCCGCUCUUUUGAAAAGUGUUGAAAUACUGUAGAGAUUGCUGCAUCACCAGUGAGCCAUUCUCAUUUAAAACUUGUACUAAUUCCAAACCAUCAUGGAUUCCGAGGACGAUUACGAGUAUGGCGGUCGACCUGAAUCAACACGGAGACAAGAACCGAGAAGACAGAGAAGUCGCUAUGUACCGCCUGUUUGGACUCAAGACCCCAACAAUCCAAAUAUAUGGACCACACCCAGUUGUCAAAUUUUUCCACCCGAACGUGCCUUCGAAACUUCUUCGGAGGACGAUUCUGAUGAUGAUUUUGAAUGGAAUUAAAUGCAAUUCUCUGAUUUUUUUUUCUCUUCAUGUUGCAAUAAAUGUUUACGAUGGAAU